UUCCCUCUCGAAUACAAAUUAGUGAACUAGCCAUCGUAGGUCAAAAAUCUCGCCGCAUCCUUCUCUCUUCCGUCCCUUCCCCAAUUUCCCUCCAAACCCUAGAACAAACACCAUGCCCCAAUUUCCCCGCUCAAUUCUCCCCUCCUCAUCUCUCCAUGGCCUAACCCUAACCCUAACCCCUCAAUUCUCAUCUCCAUGGCGAGAUUGGCCGGCUCUCUCCUCUUCAUCGUCGCCUUGUCGCUCUUCUCUCCUGCGAUCUGCGUCGAUGACGACAGCAGAGACGGAGAUGGCGCCAACGACGUCCCCGUCUUCGCCGGCGUUGUGUACAAGCGACUCAUGGACCUCACCGGCACUUUCAGGAACGAAGUGAAAAGGAACUUGGAGUACUGCAUCAAGGAUGCGGACAAAGAUUGGAAUGAGGCUUUUAAUUUCUCUUCGGAGUUGCAGUUCUUGUCUGAUUGCAUCAAGGAAACAAAAGGGGGACUUACACAACGGUUAUGCACAUCAGCAGAAAUUUCAUUCUACUUCAAGAGUUUAUAUCAGAAUGAUGGAGAAACAGCUAGGAAAACGAAUUAUCUGAAACCAAAUCUGAACUGCAACUUAAAUUCAUGGGUGGAAGGAUGUGAACCAGGAUGGUCAUGCAGUGUUGGGCAAAAAAAUCAGAAAGUCAGGCUUCAAGAUUCCAAGUCGAUGCCUGCUAGAACUAUUAACUGUCGCCCUUGUUGUGCGGGUUUCUUUUGUCCUCGUGGCAUAACUUGCAUGAUACCUUGUCCCCUGGGUGCAUAUUGUCCACUUGCAAGUCUUAACAACGCUACUGGUCUUUGUGAUCCAUACCAGUACCAGUUACCUCGAGGACAGCCAAAUCAUACUUGUGGAGGUGCAGAUAUAUGGGCUGAUGUUACAAAAAGUAGCCAAAUGUUCUGCCCAGCAGGAUACUAUUGUCCUAGCACCAUUAAGAAAAUUUCUUGUAGUAGUGGGCAUUACUGCCGGAAGGGCUCUAUUUCUCAAAUAAGCUGUUUUUACAAGAGCUCCUGUAAGCCAAAUUCUGAAAAUCAAAAUAUUACUUUAUUUGGAGCCUUAGUCAUGGCUGCUCUAUGCUUGUUGUUGUUAGUUAUAUAUAACUUCUCUGGCCACGUUCUGAGUAAUCGUGAGAGAAGGCAAGCCAAAUCCAGGGAAGCGGCUGCUAAGUAUGCGAGAGAAACUGUACAAGCUCGUGAAAAGUGGAAAUCUGCUAAAGAUGUUGCAAAGAAAUCAGCAAUUGGACUUCAGACAUCAUUAUCUCGGACAUUUUCCCGCAAGAAGACAACUAAGCAAGAGUCAGCAAGCAAAGCAUCAAAGAAAAAGGAAGCAAGCAAUUUGACAAAAAUGAUGCGUUCACUUGAAGAAAACCCUGACAAUGAUGAAGGCUUUAAUAUUGAAAUAGGAAAUAAAAACUUGAAGAAGAAUGUUCCUACUGCUAAGGAAAUGCAUACUCGUAGUCAAAUCUUCAAGUAUGCAUAUGGUCAAAUUGAAAAGGAAAAAGCCCAACAGCAGGAAAAUGAUGAUUUAAGUUUUUCAGGAGUAAUUUCCAUGGCAACUGAAAACAAUACAGGUACGAGACCUAUGAUUGAGAUUGCUUUCAAAGACCUCUCGUUAACUUUAAAAGGGAGUAAGAAAAAACUCUUAAAGUGUGUGACGGGAAAACUUAUGCCUGGCCGUAUAGCUGCUCUCAUGGGCCCAUCAGGUGCUGGAAAAACUACGUAUUUAAGUGCUGUUGCUGGAAAAGCAACAGGAUGUGAUGUGACUGGUUUAGUUCUCAUAAAUGGGAAACAAGAACCGAUUCGUUCAUAUAAAAAAAUCAUUGGUUUUGUACCACAAGAUGAUAUUGUGCAUGGGAACCUGACAGUGGAGGAGAAUCUUUGGUUCAGUGCAAGAUGCAGGCUUUCUGCAGACCUAUCCAAAGCUGAAAAAGUUCUAGUUGUAGAAAGAGUUAUUGAAUCCUUAGGGCUGCAAGCUAUCAGGGAUUCAUUAGUUGGAACUGUAGAGAAGCGAGGCAUCUCUGGUGGACAGCGGAAACGAGUAAAUGUUGGUUUGGAAAUGGUUAUGGAACCAUCACUCUUGAUAUUGGAUGAACCUACAUCCGGUCUGGAUAGUUCUUCGUCUCAGCUACUUCUUAGAGCUCUUCGUCGUGAAGCUGCUGAAGGGGUAAACAUCUGCAUGGUCGUUCACCAGCCCAGUUAUACUCUAUUCAAGAUGUUUGAUGAUUUGAUACUUCUUGCAAAAGGAGGUCUUACAGUCUAUCAUGGAUCAGUGAAGAGAGUUGAAGAGUACUUUUCAGGCCUUGGGAUCAACGUCCCUGACCGUGUCAACCCUCCGGACUAUUUUAUUGACAUCUUAGAGGGCAUAGUUAAGCCUAACACAACCACAGGUAUCAAUUAUAAGCAGCUUCCUUUGCGAUGGAUGCUACAUAAUGGGUAUGAUGUCCCUCGAGAUAUGCUACUUGAUGAUGCUGAAGCUGAAUCCUCAGUUAGAGGCAGCGGAGCAGAUUCUGCUGGCAUUGACCCUGAUGCACAAUCUGUUGCUGGUGAAGUAUGGGAUAAUGUAAAGGAUAGUGUGCAAACAAAAAGAGAUGAUUUAGGGUAUGUAUUUUCAAAUCAUGGAGACUUAUCAAACCGCCGAACCCCAGGUGUUCUUACACAAUACAAGUACUUUUUAGGAAGGGUUGGCAAACAGCGACUUCGUGAAGCUAUGAUACAAGGAGUUGAUUAUAUUAUUCUCGGUCUUGCUGGAGUAUGCUUAGGUAUACUUGCAAAAAUGAAUGAUGAUACCUUUGGGGCAUUGGGCUACACAUACACUGUCAUUGCUGUUUCUCUUCUAUGCAAAAUUGGAGCUUUGAGAUCAUUUUCACUUGAAAAAUUGCAGUACUGGAGGGAGAGAGCUUCUGGCAUGAGCUCACUAGCUUAUUUCCUUGCUAGAGAUACAAUCGACCAUUUCAAUACAAUCAUCAAACCCAUAGUUUUUCUUUCUAUGUUCUACUUUUUCAACAACCCUAGGUCGUCAUUUUGGGAUAAUUAUAUUAUUUUAAUUGCGCUUGUCUACUGUGUGACUGGUAUUGGGUAUACUUUCGCUAUCUGCUUCCAACCAGGAUCAGCACAGUUGUGGUCUGCACUUUUUCCUGUAGUUUUAACUCUUCUAGCAUCUCAGCAGAAUGUUUCCAAGAUCGUGGCAAAUUUAUGUUACACAAAAUGGGCAUUGGAAGCUUUUGUCAUUGUAAAUGCUCAAAGGUACUCUGGAGUGUGGUUAAUCACUCGCUGCCGUUCUCUUUCAGACAAUGGAUAUGAUAUCAAGGUUUGGCUUAUUUCUCUAAUAGUUCUGGCUGCUUAUGGCAUGGCCUUCCGCUGCAUUGCCUUCAUUUGCAUGAUUACUCUGAAAAGGCGUUGAAAGGAUGUGAGCAUAAAAAGGACCUGAAAAGGAGUUUAUUCAUAAUACAUGAUUGGACUCCGUGAUGAUCGAUUUUGAGAUGCGUCAUGUUCUCCAAGAAUGAACAAGGAAUUUAAUCACGUAGAGUGCUUGAUGAUUAGCUCCAACAUGACCACAUUUUCAGUCUACUGAUAGUUUUGAAGUCAAAUAUAACAUUUUCAUGUAUGUAACAUAUUAUUGCUUAUGUGAUAAACUCUUUUAGAAAAUUAACUAUACAUAUAGGUGAAUAGUUAAAGAUGAGAGUUUCUUUUAAUGUUGCCUAUGAUAUGGGGAGUAACGAAGCGUUGAUGCAAUUCUUGAAUUCUUCGUUAAGAUUGCCUAGCAGGAUAUAGCAGUGGAUAAUGGAAUUAUAUGAACUCGACACAUUUGUAUAAUCCCCUGUGAUUGGAUUAGCACCGUGAUUAUAUUCUUCAAUUCUUGAACACUAUAAAAUGCAAAUUGACUAUUUGCU